GUCGCAUUCCAGCCAAUAUCUUCUUCAUCUCUUCCCUGCUGCCUGCUUCCUUCAACUUGGUAAUAAUCGCAACUGGUUAGCUCUAUGCGAUUACACGCUCAUAUGCUACAUGACGCGGAGUUAGCUACGUGAAGCCGACCAGUAGUUCUCCUCAAAUAUUAUUCCUUCGAUCCAAGCAGCCUAACUAGGACUUGGGUUGGGUGAGCACGCGGCACAUGACGCCGCGGCGAUCAUAGCAGAUAUACUUACUGUCCUGAAGAUACACACCCUUCAUGCUCCAGAUCACAUCUCUACAUCCCCUUACUUCCCUCAUCUGAAUCCUCUCUGUCCAGCAGUCAUGGCGAGAGAAAUUCCCGGAUUCUACUAUGACCCGGAGAAGAAUAAGUAUUUCAAGAUCCAAGCCAACCAUACAGCGGCUCCAGGAGCUCAGUACUCGAAAGACUCGGUCAAGCGCAAACGCGCUGACCACGAGGAACGUCGACGAAAAGUCCAGCAAAUCAAGAGGGAGGCGAAAGAGAAAAUCAAGAGAGCGAACCUCUUAUCGCAUCCCCUCCUUGAUGUACAGAGGGAACUGGGAAUCUCGCGUUUACCCACUACCGUUCGACAGGAACAGGGUGCGUGUGCCUACACCAGCCAGCUCCGCAGAAAUCGGCUUCAUCAGUUUGAGGCCUGGCCAGACGAGUAUAGCAUCAAGCAUGUGCUGCGCAACAAGCGCUCGGGGAUCUUGAUUGCUAGUGGUCAUCGCGGUGGUGAAUCGUCGGUGUCGGUGUGCUUCCCGGAUUGCGACCAGAACAAAUGGACUUACACUCGGACAAUGGAACGUGUUCUGUUCAAGGAACCGUAUAGGCUUUCGUCGAUCUCAUUGAGUCACACAGGAUACCUGCUUUCGACGAUGGACAGCGGCCCCGAGGGCGACUCAUUUCUGGCACCCCGGAUGUUGCCAGACCCCGAUGAAGACGGAGAUUACAGAUGGCCGCCAUCCUUCCUACAACCAAUCCGCAUCCGUACCGCAUCAUCGUUAUGGUGUUCCUCCGCUUGCCCGGUGGGCAACACGCCACUGUUUGCCGUCGGGGCAUCAGACGGCCUGUAUACAUUAGAAGGAUACGGGGCGUACUGGGCGCUCUCCAAAAAGCCAUUCUCUGACGACACGAACGCGGGCAAGCCAAUCCUGCAACGACGCAGUGGUACUUCUCAUGCGCUCGUCACUAGCGUCGAAUGGCUAUCAUCGGACGUGAUCGCGGCCGGUCUCAAGGACUCAUCUGUGUUUCUCCAUGACCUCCGGAGCGGAGGGACCGCGACACGACUGCAACAUCCACAUGCCGUCACGAAGAUACGCAGAGUGGACCCCUAUCGAAUGGUCGUGGCGGGAAUGAACUCCCUUGAAAUGUACGAUAUCCGCUUCCCACCCAACGGCCUCCAGCGCAAGCCACAGCCAAACAGCAAGAAACACACAUCCACGAGACCCUACCUCACCUUCCAAGACUUCAAACCUCAAGUCAUACCAGACUUCGACAUUAGCCUUGAGCUUGGCCUUCUAGCCAGCGCUACUGACGCGGGCAAAAUCCAACUCUUCUCUCUGCGCAACGGGGAGCAGAUCUCUUCACCAUUGUCGAAAUACCAGUACACGGACCCCAUUGCCUCAGUCUGCUUCGAAUCCGGCGAUGCGCCCCUACACGGGCCCCAGACACCGAGUUUACUCGUCUGCGCCCAAGCCACGGUAGAUGAAUGGAUUUGGUGAAAGGGGAAUAAAUUCAAUCAAAAGAUGAAGCUUGAUAUGAUGUCUUAUGCACCGAACGCCUGCCUGUAUGAUGCCUGGGAUAUGAGUGUGGAAGGAACGGAAAAAAGAAUAACAUGAAUCAAAAAGAGGAAACUUGGGAAGAUCGAACGAACGUCUCUCAAAAGAAAGAAGUCCCCUAAUCCAAACCACCCGCCAACCAUUCUCCCACCUCCACGCCGACUGUCUUCGCCAA